AUGAGUGUGAAGGAAGAGGAGAGUCUGAGCAGCGGAGUGGCCGAAGACUCAAAGUUGAAGCCCACCACUCCAAUGGCGGAAGCCGAAGAGACCCAGCAACAACAACUACAGAAUACGCGUCUGAAGCUGGAGAAGACGAACAUCUCAUUUAGCAUUUGGCCCUCGACGCAGCACACAAGGGAAGCCGUCAUUAAGCGCUUCAUCGAAACCCUAUCGACAAAUUCCAUCCUCUCCAAGCGCUAUGGUUCCAUGCCAGCAGACGAUGCCUCCGCCGUCGCCCACAAAAUCAAAGAAGAAGCCUUCUCCGUCGCCGUCGCUGCCGCCGCUUCCUGCAAAGCCGAAGACGACGGCAUCGAUAUUCUUCAGCUCUACAUGAGAAUCAAGACAAUACUCAACAAGAAAAUAAAUAAAGAAAUACACGAAAGUACAGACAACAAAACUGAAGAGAAUGAAACGAACCCACAACAACUUCCAUGUGACGGCACUCGCAAGACCGCUUGGCGAUUUCUUGACGCAGCAGUAACAAUAUCAGAGAUUGAAGAAGUAUUUUUACAUAAUAACAUCAUAUUAACAUUUGAAGAAAGGCAUUCUUCAAGCAAAUUGAUAGAAAGAAUGGCAGCAGCUCAUCAUCAGGCCUUUUCUUCAUCAUCAUCCUCUUUUACUGGUGGUUCGAGUACUACUUAUGAAGUGUUUUUGAGCUUUCAUGGCAAAGACGUUCGCACCAAAUUCGCCGAUCACCUCUACCAGGACUUGGUUGGGUCUGGAAUUCGAACUUUCCGGGACGAGGAAGAACUACUCAAAGGAAAUGAGAUUCGCGGGGAACUGCUCGCUGCAAUCCAGCAGUCAAGAAUCUCGAUUCCCAUCUUCUCCAUCAACUAUGCUUCAAGCCAUUGGUGUCUCGAAGAGCUAACCGAGAUAUCUGAAUGCAAAAGAACAAUGAAUCAAACCGUCAUGCCCAUUUUCUACGAAGUUGAACCAAGGGAUGUCCGGAAGCAGACCGGAGAAUAUGCGAAAGCCUUUGACAAACACCAAAACCACUUCGACGAGACAACGGUGCAAAAGUGGCGAGAUGCUCUGGAAGAGGUAGGAAAAUUGGAUGGAUGGCAUUCCAAGGAGCACACGUAUGAAGGGAAGCUAGUAAAAGAAGUUGUUAAAACAAUUUGGGAUACAUUGAACAAGAGACUCUUGCUUGUUUCUAAGAAGCUAGUUGGAAUCCAAUCUCAUAUAAAAGAAUUAUUGAUGCUAUUAGAUAUUGAAUCUGACAAUAGAAAAAUUGUGGGGAUCCAAGGCUUCGGUGGCAUUGGAAAGACAACAAUCGCUAGGGCUGUCUAUAAUACAAUACUUAGUCACUUUCAAGAAUAUGCAUUUAUUGAAAAUGUUCGAGAGAAUGCUCAAAAACAUGGGAUUCACCAUCUGCAAAACAAACUUAUCAAAGAUAUCCUGAAACAAGAAAAUCAAAAUAUUACUGAUGUGGGUACUGGAAUUAGAGUGAUCCAAGAAAGAUUUUGCAAAAUAAAAGUUCUUAUUGUUCUUGAUGAUGUGGAUCAAGAUAUUCAAGCAAAAUCUUUGGCUGGGGACCGUGAAUGGUUUGGUAUGGGAAGUAAGAUCAUUAUCACAAGCAGAAAUAAGGAUAUUUUAAUUGCUCAAAAUGCAGAUGGGAUUUAUGAGCCCAAUAUAAUGGCUGUAGAUGAUUCUCUUGAACUUUUUAGUCAUUAUGCCUUUGGAAGGGACCAACCUCUAGAUGAUUAUUUGGAUCUCUCACAAGAUAUGAUAAAAACUACUGGAGGACUUCCCUUGGCUCUUCAAGUUAUAGGCUCGUCUUUAUUUAAUAAGUUGGAAAAAUCAAAAUGGAAAAACAUGUUACAAAAGUUGCAAAAAGUUUCCGAUGAUGAUGUCAUGAAAAGAUUGAAAAUAAGUUAUGAUGGAUUAGAUGUUGACGGGAAACAAAUGUUUCUUGAUACUGCUUGUUUUUUCAUUGGAUUAAAUAAAGAUAUUGUAUGUCACAUAUGGGAUGGAUGUGGUUUUUCUUCUCAAGUAGGACUUUAUGAUCUUUGUGUAAGGUCAUUGGUAACGAUUAAUGAAGAAGGUGAGUUAGGGAUGCACGAUCAGCUUCGGGAUCUUGGAAGGAAUAUUGUUCGUCAAGAGAACAUAGAUGAGCCAGGGAUGCGUACUCGAAUAUGGUCUCAAGAGGAAGUCUUAGAAGUACUGCAUACACAGACGGGAACAAAUAAAGUUAAGGGACUUAGUAUUGACUUUAGAGAUAUAUCAAGGAGUGAAGGUUUGACGAGCGAAGGAUUUGCUACAAUGACAAGACUAAGGUUACUUCAAGUCGAUUACGCACAAUUUUGUUGGAACUUCACCAAUUCUUUUUCAGAACUGAGAUGGCUUAGCUGGAAAGGAUGCCCUGAGCAAUAUGCUCAAACCAAUUUUUGUCCACUGAAACUGGCAGUUCUUGAUCUGUCAUGUAGUGAGAUCACCAAAAACUGGAUGGGUUGGAAGUACAUCAAGAUGGCAGAAAAUCUAAAAGUUCUAAAUCUGACAUCUUGUCUUCAACUAUCUAGUACUCCUGAUGUUUCAUCAAACCGACUCUUGAAGGUAUUGCUUCUUAAAGACUGUAGAAAUUUGGAUGAGAUUGACACUUCCAUUUGUCAUCUCACGAACUUAGUCAAAUUAGACAUGAGUGACUGCCGGAGAAUAAAGGAUCUCCCAAGUGAAAUUUGUAAGUUGACUUCUCUUCAAAAACUCACUUUAAUAAGAUGCAGAAGUCUAAAGAAAUUGCCAGAGAAAUUGGGCCGUAUGGUAUCCUUGACAGAACUUGAUUUAGGAUGGUGCGAGAGUCUAGUGGAUCUCCCAAAUGAAAUUUGUCAGUUGACUUCUCUCAAAAAACACAAUUUAGAAGGAUGCUCAUGUCUUCCUUCAAGUUUGACCAGCCUUGAUGUUAAUUACUGCGGUUCAAUUCGAUACAUCUCAGGUCUUCCCUCAAGUUUAACCAGCCUAUAUGCUGAGGGUUGCAACUCAAUGGUAAAACUAUCAAGCGCAUCAGGAGGCUUGAGAAAUUUAAAGACAUUAACUCUUUUCGAUUGCAAGAGCCUUGAAGAAAUUGAAGGUGUUGACAACAAAUUGGACUCCCUGGAGGACUUCAAGAUUUGGGAGUGCAGAUCAUUAAAAAAUUUACCAAAACUGACGGGCUCGAAAAAUCUAAGGACUUUAGUGCUCAGUUCGAACGAUGUCAUAUCCGAUUUUGAAGGCGAGGGGAUGGAAUCUCUGGAGGUGUUGGAGAUAGGGUUUUGCAAAUCAUUAAGAAAAAUACCAUAUCUGCGAGAUUCAAAAAGACUGAGGAAACUACAAAUCAAUGAAUGUCCAGAAUUAUCAGAGAUUGAGCGCCUUCAGGACUAUGAAUCCUUACAGGAAUUAUCAAUUAACAGGGCCAGAUCAUUAAAAGCAUCACCGGAGGAUAUCUCAACCCUGAAGAACCUGAGCUAUUUAGGUAUCAAUGAGUGUUGCUACUCGAUGAUGGAAAGAUUUCCUGAUCUUUCAAACUUAAAAGAGUUGAGGGAAUUAGAUAUUGGAAAACAGGGGAAGUUGAUGAAAUUUACGAAUUUACCGAUUGAGAAUUGGGGGAGCGAUGCAAGAAUCUAA